CACCAUUCCUACCGUUGUGAACGUUGUGAACUUAGUGUCACUAUUCAAGACAGUUCAAGGUCUAAUCGCUGAACGCGGAAGACACAGCUACGUACGGUGUUUUUGGAUGUAAACUUGAUAAAUAAUGGAAUCAGAAAACGAAGAGACCAUAACGUUUCAACAAUCCGACCUUUUUUCAUUAGGUUUUCCAAUCAUGGAAGAAAUCCGGAGGCAAGGAAAGCUUUGUGAUGUUAGGUUGAAAGUGGAUGAUCAGUCUUUUAGUGCACACCGAAUUGUCCUAGCUGCAACAAUUCCUUACUUUCAUGCAAUGUUCACACAUGAUAUGAUGGAGAGCAAGCAACGGGACAUCAAGAUACAAGGCAUUGAGGCAGCUGCGCUGGAAGCCCUGAUCAACUUCGCAUACAGCGGACAAGUGAUCUUGGAUAAUGACAAUGUGCAGACUAUCAUGGUUGGUGCUUCCUUCCUGCAGCUUAAUCAAGUCAAGGAUGCAUGUGCUAACUUCCUCAAGCGAAGGUUCCACCCUAACAAUGUGCUGGGUAUCCGAUCAUUUGCUGACACGCUUGGAUGUUCUCCGCUGGUAGUGGAAGCCGACAAGUACAUCCAUCAGUACUUUCAUGAUGUCUCCAUGUCUGAUGAAUACUUGAGCCUACCUUGCCCAGACUUGCUCAACAUUGUCCGAAAGGAUGAGCUUCAUGUCUUCACAGAGGAACAGGUGUUUGAAGCAGUGAUGAGAUGGGUAAAGAGGGAACCAGAAGUGCGCAAGAAGGACCUGCCACAGCUGCUUGCUGCAGUCCGUAUGCCACUUCUUACCCCACACUACCUGGCUGACAGGGUCUCUGUGGAAGAACUGAUCAGGACAUCACAUGAGUGCCGGGACCUACUGGAUGAAGCCCGGGACUACCACUUGAUGCCUGAGCGGCGACCGCUGUUGCAGAGUUUCCGCAGUCGACCUCGGUGCUGUAAUUGUAUUAUGGGUCACAUCUUUGCUGUUGGUGGUCUUACAAAAUCAGGUGAUUCGUUGAGUACGGUAGAGGUGUAUGAUCCAAUUGUUGGUCGCUGGCAGUUGGCAGAAGCGAUGAGCAUGCUCCGGAGUCGUGUUGGUGUGGCUGUAAUGCGAAACAGACUGUAUGCAUUUGGUGGUUACAACGGGUGUGAACGGCUAUCAACUGUUGAAGUGUUUGAUCCCCAAAAACGAGCAUGGAGUCGAGUUUCCCCUAUGCAUUGUAAACGCAGUGCUGUGGGAGCAGCGGCACUCAAUGACUGCUUGUACGUAUGCGGUGGAUAUGAUGGGGUGACAUCUCUGAAUACCGUGGAGUGCUACCAACCAGACAAAGAUGAGUGGAGUAUGGUAGCCAGGAUGUUAAAGCAUCGCAGUGCUGGUGGUGUGGUAGCCUUUGGAGGAUUCAUAUAUGCUCUUGGUGGACACGAUGGACUCUCUAUUUUUGACUCGGUGGAACGGUACGAUACCCAUGCAGGGAAGUGGGUGGCAUGUGUGCCCAUGCUCACUAGGAGGUGCCGCCUGGGAGUGGCCACUUUGAAUGGCAAACUGUAUGUAUGCGGCGGGUAUGACGGCUCAACAUUCUUGCAAAGCGUCGAGAUGUUCGAUCCUGUAACCAAUCAGUGGCGCAUGGUGGCACCAAUGAAUGUUAUGAGGAGUAGAGUGGCGCUUGUCGCAAACAUGGGGAAGCUCUGGGCCAUUGGAGGGUACGAUGGUGUCUCUAACUUGUCGACCGUUGAAGUUUACGAUCCAGCGACUGAUUCCUGGUCAUUUGUAGCGUCCAUGUGUGCUCAUGAAGGUGGGGUGGGUGUUGGAGUGAUUCCCAUCUGUUGACUGGUAGUUGUUGUGACACAGACAUCUCAGUACAUAUCGGGUAUCCUAAUGAGAGUUCUUCAAGGCACAUCAAGAAGGAGCCAUCACCUCAGGUGUUUGAAGUGGGGAACUAUCAUGUGACACCACUUAGUGCACAUCAACGCAUUCCACAACAAACAGAAUGUGCCAAGUGGUGUAUGUGCUUGGCCUCAAGGGCUCCUAGGUUAUUAUCUGAGCCACAGUCUUCAGCGAAAUGUGCAUGGCAUUGUAACACAUCACUUGGAUUUGAAAAUCUUUACUAAUUUCAAAUCAGUUGACUAAUGUGAUUGGAUCAUUUUCUGCAUUUUGUUUGUAGUUCAUUUAACACUUCAUGGACUGGCAAUUUAAAUAUUUAAGCACCUCACCAUGAACACAUAUUGGUGAUCGGUGGAAUAGAUCCACGUAUUCUCCACAUUGGUACUAGAUGCUGAUUGGUCAGAUUCACAUUGCCAGCCACUUUACCCCCUGUGGACAUGUCCCCAUAUUUGGGAAUGAGAGUAACAAAUCAAAAUUUGAUGCAUGGAGAAAUUGGUCUCUCCAAGUUAAGUCAUGUCAGUAUGCCUACUUUUCUCCACAUGAACUUUAAUUUAAAUCAGUUUACCAUGACCCUGUCAUUAUCGCUGCAUGGAAGGAAUUUCAAACAGCAUGUAUAUAUGUAUAAAACAUAAAUGAAUAAGAUAUACAAAGACAAAACAAUUCCGUCCAGUGUGACUAUUU